GUCUGUGGCACUGAUUGCGCAUGCGCUCUUAUUCAGCAACGCGAAGCGGCGCAGUUGCGAAUAGACGGGAUUACUCUCGAGUCCCCGCAUCAGACAUGGUCAAAGAAAUGCGCAAUGGGUGCACGCCUCCUGCAUGUAGGAUCCGCGGCAUAACGCCGAACACAAGUUGUGCAGGGUCCGCGGAUGCUUCGUCAACUGCGAUGGACUACACGAGGGUUCCUGAUGGCGCCUGGCAUUACCAGUGGAACGCGCCCUACUACCCGGCCGAUGGCGCUACCACCGCCUACGGACAUUCUGACAAGGCCGGAAACACCAGACACCGGCUUCUAAUGUCAAGCAAUGGUGGCGAUGACGUAAAGGCAUUAGGAAACGACGCUAGAAUUUCUACCCGCGCCAGGAAAGGAGAACAGCAAGAGUUCGAUGGUGUCUGCGGCAAGGCUUACAGCACACGGCAUGCCUUACGUAGGCACGCCACCGAGCACAGGGACCAUAAAGCCUACAUUCGCAAAGCACGGGAUCAACGCUCUGUACAGAAGCCGAAGUUCGUAAGACAUUACCGGAAGCGCGCAGGCGAGCAGCUCUACAAAUGUGAAACGUGCGGCAAAUCUUUCAAGCAACUGGGGAACCUUAAAGUACAUCAUCGCAGGCAUACGGGUGAGAAACCCUACGCUUGCAAAACGUGUGGUAAAGCAUUCGCGCAGAUGGGGCACCUUAAUGUGCAUCGACGCAAGCACACAGGCGAGAGACCGUAUUAUUGCAACACAUGUGGUAAAUCAUUCAGGCAGAUGGCAAAUCUCGAUGUACAUAAGCGCACGCACACAGGUGAGAAGCGCCGCGUCAGUGCAAAGCGUGCUAAAUCAUUUAAACGCAAGCAAAGCCCAAAUGACCAUUCAAACCUACAUGAGGAAACGAAACCUUUCAUUUGCGAAACAUGCAAUCAAUCGUUUCUGUACAAGUCGAGUCUCAGACGUCACCGCCGUAGUCACGCGGAUGAAACACCACGUAAGUUUGCACAGUGUGGCAUUAGUUUGAGAGGCAAAGGAACCAUUCACAAAGAUGUGUGCCUGAAGGUGAUUUGCUGUUUGUGUGGAGAAUAUUUUACAGAUACAGAUCAACUGGCCGCACAUCUCGUGGCGCACGCGGGUGGGCGACCGUAACAGUGUAAUCGGUGCGCAGAUUAAGUUGAGAGUCAGCGGCUCUUGCGUCUAGGUGUGCGAGAGAAGCCGUGAUUCCCCCCCUCUCCUUUCAGGAAAACAACUCUGACAAUUUUUCAUAUGGAACUUUCAAACCAAACGUACGCAACAUGUGUGUGAAACUAGCUUCUUUCUAGGUGAAAUACGGCUGAGUGAAAUUCAAGAUAUCAGCAAUGAUGAUGGCGCUUCGAAAUUGUGAAACAAGUCGCCGCAAGGGUAUUUGGAGGUUUGCAGUAGCGAAUAAUUCUGAUGGUAUUCACCCGUGCUCACUCUUCGCAUAUUGAUGUUGUUGGUGAACGUAUCGAUCAAUAGCACGCUCGCUUCAAGGUAAAGCGUAAGUGUCGGUAAUGUUGCUUUUUUUUUCGCCCCUAAGUGUAGACUAUAGCCGGGUACAACUUUAGAAGACAGCGGCAUUUGCCCCUCAAAGGGCGGAUGCGCAUGAGCUUCCACCAAUGGGCCCGCACUGACGUCAUGAGCUGGACGGCCGGUGACCCCGCCAACGGAGAGCAUGCAGCCCGCGCUUCGAGCUGGGCCGAGUCGCGUCAGCGGGACUAUUUCUUUAGUCAUGGACGCAAUCGGCUGCCACGAUUUGGUCAUUUGGGUGGGGCCUCUCCUGUCUUCUUAAGUUGUACCUCACUAUAGAAACGUGCGCACGAGACUCUUGACUGCUCGUUCAAAUAUAACACAUUUCUGUGCAAAAGUUAGGGUUGUGCUCUAACAAGAAAGCGUUGUUGUACCAUCGUUUUAUUGAUAACUACAGUGAGAACAGAACAUAAACUGUCGCUGUGAAAAAUUUCGAAAGCAAAGGAGUAUUUGUAGGGAAAAUAAGUCAGCUCCGCAAUUGUUUCAUGUAGUUAGGCGCUGUUGUCUUCCAGAACGAGUGUUUGCCUAUAUUUUUGCGGCAAUAUUAAGCCACAGUGUACGCUCAAGGAAAGCGUUUUUUUUUGCAAAAUUGGUCAAUGCAUAAAUAUCUUGAUUGCAAACAUACAUGCGAGGUAGUCUUUGGCUCUUUCGUUGAUGUUCAAGAUCUUUGUUUUAUUCCCCGAAAUGAGCUGAUCACGGUAUCGAGGCUCUAUUGGAUUCAAGUUGUUUGGAGUACCGGUGUCACACGUAAACAUAUGAUUCUAAUCCGGAUCGGACCUGAUCCGGAUUAGACUCGAUCCGGAUCCGUGUGCUGCUACAGGGACACUGUCGGAUCGUGAUCGCCAUCCGACGAUCGCGAUCCUUAAAUCGUGAUCAUAUUUUUGAUCGCGAUCGCAGGCUGACGUCUGCGCCCUCUGGCGCAGUAUUUUGAAUACGCUAAAGACAAAAACAACUGAGAGCAGCUCAGUAAAAACAUGUAGAAACCACUUCGACUGCAAUAGUGAGCUGUAAAAUGAAAUAUUUGCUAAAUCUAACCAUGUCUUGCAAAUCCGCAUUUGUAGCCAAGGCAUCACGCAGUUCUUAGAGUUGCAGACGAUCAGAAGGCCAUAACUCGAUCCGGAUUGUUUGACCAUGUAGCAGCGACCAUUGUUGAUCCCUAUCAAAAAUAGUUAUCCGUAUCGGCUCCGAUCGCGAUCAGAAGUGCACGUGUGACACCGGUAUAAAUGUAUGAUAGGCUCGCCGAAUGAAAAAAAAAAUGUUUAUUCAUCGUUGGUCUUAUUUUGACGCAAUAUUUGUCAGUUUCAAAGGACAGCUUUUUUUUAUACUAGUGGAAGUCGUCUCUUUUGACUUGUACUGCCUUAGUUACAGCUGUGAAAUUCUUUGAACCUUACAUAAGACGCAUUCGUGCGAGCAGUGAGAUGGCAAAUAGGGUGAUAGUUUUAGGUAAAUGGAUAAUAAUGUUUUACCAUGACGAACUCCAACCUAAAAACUUAAACAAAAACUAGCAUUGAGAAACUACAAUUAAUUCAGUAACUUGCGGCUAGAUGUACAUAUAACUUAUUAUUUCAUAAUUCUCUAAGUGACCUUAUGAAAACCGAUAACAUACACUCUUAGAAUCUCGCAGGAAGUUACCUGCAAGAAAAUGUCUUAUAAAUGAACUUAAAGCUGCCGAAUUAAACUUGCUUGAUGGUAUUUUUAAAUGUAAUCAAAUCAACUACUUACCGCCAUCAUCAACGAGACCUGUAAGACAUCUUCAUCCUUACCGGUUAACGCAUCUCUUUGCACAUACUAUUUCCUUCAAGCACUUUUUCUCACAAACAAUAACGCACUGAAACUGACGGCCUCAUGAUGUAUUUAUUACAAAUGCCAAACUUCACUCUCUUUAACAAUUUCGAGCAAUUAAGACAUCCUUUUCUAUUUUGCAGAUUGCUUUUUGUUGUAUUUGGCACGGAAUAUAGUUUCAUUGUUAUGUUAUGUAACGCACUUAAGCGCUUUAACAAUUAUUCAAAUUUGUGUUCUGUUUUACUGCAUAAAUGUUUGCUAUAUCAAAUGCACAAUUACGUCCAAGCAUGUUUCCCUGCAAAGGAUAUGUUGCUGCUGUUUUUUGUGAACACUGUGAUCCUCUACUGCUUGGACCAGUUUUGUCCCGCAGUAUGGGUGAAACUCUCUUCGAUAAUAAAGCCUUUUUCCAGAUGGAA